GUGGGUGUGCCCAGAUACUGUGUUUGAUGACACACAUAACGCCACACUUGCCACAGUCACAGAGAGGAUAGUCAUGGGGAAGACAGGUGGAAGAGACGACUUUGAAUGGGUGUACAAUGACCAGCCGCACACUUCAAGAAGAAAAGAGAUUCUGGCCAAAUACCCAGAAAUCAAGUCUUUAAUGGGCCCAGACCCCCAGCUGAAGUGGGUGGUAUCGGGCAUGGUCCUAACCCAGCUACUGGCGUGCUACCUGGUCCAGGACCUCCCCUGGAAGUGGAUCAUCUUCUGGGCUUACGCCUUUGGAGGCUGCAUCAACCACUCCCUGACUCUAGCUAUCCACGAUAUCUCUCACAAUGUGGCCUUUGGCAACAAGCUGGCCAAGUGGAACCGCUGGUUUGCCAUGUGGGCCAACCUGCCCAUCGGGUUGCCUUACUCUGCCUCCUUCAAGAAGUACCACGUCGACCACCAUCGAUAUCUGGGUGGAGACAAGCUGGAUGUUGAUAUCCCUACAGACGCUGAGGGAUGGUUCUUUUGCACCCCAGCCAGGAAGAUCCUCUGGCUCUUCCUCCAGCCCUUCUUCUAUGCCUUUCGUCCAUUGGUGGUCAAUCCUAAGCCAGUGGGUAAACUGGAGAUCCAGAAUGCAGUUGUUCAGUUCACAGUAGACUUUAUUAUCUACUAUCUAUGGGGGGUGAAGCCCAUUGUUUACCUUAUUGCAGGUUCUGUCCUGUGUUUGGGACUGCAUCCUAUCUCUGGACAUUUCAUAGCUGAGCAUUACAUGUUCUUGAAGGGACACGAGACAUAUUCUUACUAUGGACCACUGAAUUUGAUCACCUUUAAUGUUGGGUACCACAUGGAGCACCAUGACUUCCCGAGCAUACCUGGCAGUAAACUACCUCAGGUCAAGCAAAUUGCAGCAGAAUAUUACGACUCCUUGCCUCAACACACUUCCUGGACCCGGGUAUUAUGGGACUUUGUGUUUGACGACAGCAUCGGCCCAUAUGCAAGAAUCAAACGGCAGUACAAGCUAAACAAGCAGGGAUAGAUCUAUGACUUAAAUGUGAAUUUCAGUUGUUCUCUGUAAAUCUAUGGCCCACUACAAAAUAUAAUUAUAUUCAGCAGUUUAAAUGUUGUUUUUUAUGUAGUGUGUGGUCGCCACUGUAAGUACAAUCAUCUCAAAUCAGUCAGGAAAUGGAAAGAAAAUUCAGAUUCAGCUAGAUGGCCUGUCAUCGUGACACACUGAUGACAUUGGAUGAUGACCCUUAUCUGCAGUUGUAUAAAUUCCAAAAGAAAUAUGUAAAGAUAAUGGUCGCCCACAUCCUCACAAGGCUUUACAGAGAUGUCACGAGCUCUGUGGUCUCCGUUUCCUGUCUGUAAUAAUCAUCAUGUCAGGCUCACAAGGCUCAAACAGGUUACCUAAUAUAAUUUCACAUCAUCAUGCAGAACAGUGCUGAGAUGGAAAAUGAGCAUUGAAACUUACCUUUCAGUAAGAAGAGCCUUUUCUUCAGUGACGCCCCAUUCUGCCUGUUUGCAGCUCCGUCAUGCUGUAAACUGUUUGAUUACAUCUACAAGGAGUGGACAAAAUAACAGAUACUGUUUUGUUUGUUUUAAUUUGUUAUAAUGUUUGGAGUUUUGUUGCUGAACAAACUGACUAUCACUAUUAAGUCUCUUUCAGUCAGUUUUUUAGAGGGUCUUCUUGUGAACACUGGUCCUCCAUGCUCACAAAGUUUUCCUAAAUGUGGCCUCAUAAGUUUAGAUAUAUAAUGUAUAUAUGUAUUUUUUUAGCAAUCAUGACUGAUUCACCUGUGUGCCAAUUUCAAAGGCACAAAGUGAGACAUAAGAGUUUUUUACAUUGUGAGUACCCAAGGCAAGACACGAAAUACUGUACAAAUAGAUUAAAUGCCUGAUUUUCUAGUGCGUCCAAUAAAAAAUAAAAUAAAAUGAUAUGCAGUGAAGUGAGGAGAAAACCUUGGAAAUUAUGUGGACAGAGGCCAAACAAAUGAAGCAGUGGUCACAAAAAGAGUCUUAAUAACCUAAACUACAGCAAAUCAACACUAAUCAUGUUAUUUUGUCCACACUGAAUGAAUUAAUCUGUGUGUUGUGAUUCAUAAGUAUGGUCUUUGUUGUGUCUAUUUAAAUGACAGCUGUGUAUGAAAACAGUAAAAUAUCUUUAUAAGAAGAAACUACUAUAAAGAAUCAGUGUUUGUUUGA